CGCGCGCGGAAUGCCGGGAUGCCCCGCCGUUGGUUCCGCCGACUGUCCGCGCGGCUGGCGCUCUUGGCUGCGUACCGCGGCCACGGGCACCUGGCCAGCAGCAGCGGCCCGCAGGACACCCAGCUGCUGUGUUUGCAGAUGUCGAACGCGACUGAGCCGGGAGAGCGGCCCAACUCCGGCUCUGGUUGCCGCCUGCGCGGGGGCAGCACGUCGUCCAACCCCGCUUCUGGGGCCGGCUCUGGGGGCGGCGACGGCGGUGGUGGCGGCGGCGGUGGAAGUGGUGGAGGCGCGGGCGGUGGAGGAAGCGGCGGAGGCGGCGGCGGUGGCACGGCGGGGGGUGGCAGCGGCGGCGGGGGCGGUGGGGGCGCCUCGACGCAGGCCCAACCUCAGCCUCCCAACUCCAACUCUGGCGGCGCCAAGCAGGUGGCGACGGCGGCGGCGGGGCAGCCGCAGCAGCGAAAGCCGUGCUGCUUCUGCUGGUGCUGCUGCUGCUCCUGCUCCUGGAUACAGGAGCACACUCGCUCCCCCUGCGGUGUGAUGUGCCUCAGGCGUGUGGGACACGGCUUGGCGGUGAAGAGUGGCGAAGACCGGCCCAAGCCGCAGGAUCUGCCAACCAACGGCGAACCUCUGCCUUCGCUGGAAGAAAUUCGGAGUUGGGGAAAGUCGUUCGACAGACUCAUGAAAAGUGCCGCCGGCAGAAAGGUGUUCCGCGACUUUCUGCGCUGUGAAUACAGCGAAGAAAACAUCCUUUUCUGGCUUGCUUGCGAAGAUCUGAAAAAGGAGUCGAACCCCGAUGUGGUUGAGGAGAAGGCCAGGUUCAUCUACGAGGACUACAUCUCUAUCCUCUCGCCUAAAGAGGUGAGCCUAGAUUCGCGGGUGCGCGAGAUCGUCAACCGCAACAUGGUGGACCCGACGCCGCACACGUUCGACGAGGCGCAGCUGCAGAUCUACACGCUGAUGCACCGAGACUCGUACCCGCGCUUCGUCAACUCGACGCAGUUCAAGAAGCUGGCGCAGCUCACCAGCAACGGCAACGACGCCAGCGGCGCCGCGACGCCCACCGGCAAGGACAAGGAGAAGGAGAAGGACAAGGAGAAGGACAAGGACGCGCCGACGUCGUCCUCUGGUCGCAAAGACAGCAGCGCGUAACGCAGCACGGUCUACGCACGACGCCCUCCUGCUGGGUCCCAUGCACCGCCCAACGCCCCCGCAAGCCCCCACCCUUCACCACGACACCUGCCACCGGCACUGCAUCGUCAUCGGCCUCACGAAGACAUUACCAUAAUGGCCUAACGCGGAGGGACCGGUGCAUCACUCUGGCCCAUCUCCCCCUUGGUGCCCGCGGGUCGGACACCGAUUUGCAAUUCGUGUCAGCUCAUCGCGACGGCAAAGGUCGAGGUCAGCGCGGACAGCAGUAGCGUCCAUCGGGGAUUACGUAGCAUGGCACGAGAGCCCACUGGUUCCUGGGCACGUCAUCGGGAUACCUCUGGAUCAGCGCUGCGGUCUACGUGCGCACUCGCUGGGAAAUGAGUUCAGCUUGGCAACUUCCCUACUCACCUCCAUUCUCCCGUUCCUGAGAGUCGUAAGCUUCCCUACCGAUAGCUCAGAGGUGACCACUGGUCCUGCCACCUUGCUCCAGUUCCGCUGCCCCCUCCCCGCCACCCCCCACCACUGUUCACUCACAGAUGACCCCUCGGAGCAAAGCUGUGUGGCUGUUACGAACUGCUGUACAUUUUCAUCCAGACGCGAGGAAACGCACAAAAAGUAUGGGCAAGUGGGUGUUAUCGACGGCAGCUUUGCAAUACCCUAUCCCGUUCCUGGAAUGUAUUUCUUUUUUCUUUUUUUUUUUU